GCCUUUUAUGUGUUCUGGGCCGUGAUAAGUCAUUGGGAAGCCAAGCAAACAGUCAUUAACAUACUUUGUUUAAUACAGAAAAGUAUAUGCAAUGAUUAUUUGCCGAGCUUCUUUACAUUGCUAUUUUAAGUCCACACAAAGCAAUAUGCUGUGGUUUGUAAUGCGUGUUGUGUCUCGAUAGUUAGCUUGCUGGAUAGCAUUAGCCACUUUUAGCCUUGGAUGCGUUGUGACUGAAUGAGUGUGUAUUACUGUUUUGUGAGUUAAUAAGCCGACAGUACACACGUAUGUGUGUUUAUACAUUCGGUUGAUUUGUCUCACCUCAUUGGGAAAACCAGAGCGAUGGCCACGAAAUAGUGGCUUCGUGGAGAGAUCACUUACAACCCACGAAAUCGGAUCCUAUACCUCGCCUUCCAACAGCUUCAUCUACCUGAGACAUUGCUACACCCCGUCAUUUGGAAUCAAUCAUGGAAGACGCUGCAGAGAAAGUGGAUGCUGAUGACAUUGUUAUUAUUGUUGAAAAUGAAGCCGAAAGCAUACCGGUUCAGGAGGAAAGCGAAAAGGCGCAAAGCACCCACAGUUUGAUGGACUGCUGCCCUAUCUGCAAGUUAAAUUUCCACAGUAGAGAGCCGAAGCUCCUUCCCUGUCUCCACUCUUUCUGUAAGAAAUGCCUUCCACCGCCCUCAAGGAACUUCGUGUAUCCGAGUCAGAUGGCCAACCACCACUUUCAGGAAGAUCCAUCAAAACCACUCAAUGUGAUUCGUUGCCCAGUGUGCCACCAGGAGUGCAUGGAAGUGGAAGUUCUGGAGAAUUUCUUUGUAAAAGACUCUAUGGAGGUGCCAACCAGCACAGUGGAGAAAACAAGUCAGCAGGUGUGUAUGAGUUGUGAGGACAACACGCAGGCCACAGGUUAUUGUGUGGAGUGCGUGGAGUUUUUAUGCGUCACCUGCAUCGAAGCUCAUCAGCGGGUCAAGUUCACUCGUGACCACACCAUUCGACAGAAGGAGGAAAUGUCUCCAGAAGCAGUGGGAUUUUCAACUCAGAAGCCUGUCUUCUGUGAUAUCCACAAACAAGAACCUUUGAAGCUCUUCUGCGAGACGUGUGACCGGCUGACAUGCCGGGACUGUCAGCUACUGAAACACAAGGAUCACAAUUAUCAGUUUCUGGAGGAUGCCUACAGAAAUCACAGGGAGCAUUUAGAGAACAUGACUCGGCAGCUACAGGAGAAAAGGAAAGCCAUUGAAGACGUGUCCAAUGCCAUCAACAGUGGUCUCCAUCAAGUUGAUGAAAACCGAAAAGCUGUCACCACAGAGAUCAAGAAGUCAAUAUGCAAUCUCAUCAUGGAAAUCAAUCGAAAAGGGAAAAUUUUGGUGAAUCAGCUGGAGGCUCUCACCAAGGAUCAUGAGACCUCAUUGAAAAAGCAGAAGGAGGACGUAUCCUCUCUCUCCAAGCACCUGGACCACGUCAUCUCCUUCACCAAGUGGGCCACAGCCAUCAACAGCGGCACAGCUCUACUAUACUGCAAGAGACUGAUCCUGUGCCAGAUCCAGUACCUCAUGAGGGCCAAGUGCAAUGCCUCCUUUGUUCCCCAGAGCUCGGUGCGCUUCCAGUGUCGAUCCAGCUUCUGGGCCUCAAACGUUGACCUUGGCUCGCUGGUGGUGGAGAAAUUACCCGUACCUCAGCACAGUGGGAUGCAAAUGUUCCCCAACCAGCCCAGCCAUCCUAAUCAUCCCAACCAUCCCAACCAUCCCGGUCCCAGACUCGAAGGCCCUCCUGGUGGUUCCGGCGGAAACUUCCCCGGUGGACUAACCCAGCAGCAGCAGCAGCAGCAGCGUCAGAGCACGCUGGCCCAGCUCCAGAUGCAGGUGGAGAAGCUGGCCCAGCACCCCAACCGCGGCCACGUGCCCCCAAACCACUGGUCCUGGUACCACAACGUGCGGAUGCAGGGAGGACCUCCGCCCCCGGGGGGACAGCCCAGGCCCCCCAUGCAGGGCGGAUCGCCCUCCCAGAUGCACCCCAACAUGCCUCAGCCUCAGCAGGGCCGGAGGUACGCCGCUCCUCCGCCCAACACCAGGAGUCCCACCAUGAUGCAGAACCCAGGCUUCUCCCAACAGACUUUGCGAGGGAUGAUCAACUCCCCGACCUCCUCCAGCUUCCCGCCCAAGCCCAUAGACGUGCUCCCAGGCACAUCUCGAUUCCCCCACAAUGCACCUCCUCCUGGCAUGGGACAGAUGCAUCAAGCCUCUCAAGCCCAGAUGCAUCAGAGAAAUGCAAUGGAACACUUGAACAGAAGACCUGAGCACGCUGGUCCUCCUGGGCCUUUGACCAUGCCCAUGGUCAGACCCACGUUCUCCCAUAACGUCCAGCCCACAGGCAUCGAUAGAAAUGCACAAACUCAUCAGAGUUCCAUCAUGUCCGCAGUGGCCUCCACGGAUGGAAAAACAGGGACUGUUUCCUGGAAGCGGCCUGAGCCCCAGCAGAACGGCCCCUCUUCUGCACCCUCUGCCAAGAGAAGGCGAAGGGCGUCACCUGGGCCCAUCAUCGUCAUCAAGGACGAGCCGGAGGACGACGACGAAGUCAGCUUUGUCCAGUCCAGCGUGAAGGCCAGUCUUCCAGACAGCACGGGCGUGCAGUCCCAGACGCCGCGUCAGGAGGAGUCUCCCCCAAAUGAGGAGCAGCAGACACAGACUGAGACGGAGAAGGAGAAGGAGGCGCCGGAGGAGCCUGACGACGACCCCAACGAGGACUGGUGCGCCGUCUGCCAGAACGGCGGAGAGCUGCUCUGCUGUGACAAGUGUCCCAAGGUCUUCCAUCUCGGCUGCCACAUACCAGCCCUCAAGUCCUCUUCAAGUGGCGAGUGGUUUUGUUCGUUUUGCCGAGAUCUGUCGACUCCCGAAAUGGAAUACGACAUUGAAGACAAAUCCAACACGGUGAAGGAAGAGCCAGGUUCUGAAGCCCUGAGUCCUAUUGAUAAAAGGAAAUGUGAGCGGUUAUUGCUGCGUCUCUUUUGCAAUGAACUCAGCACGGACUUCCAAGAGCCCGUCUCCCCGUCGACAAUGCCAGAAUAUAGCGCAAUCAUAAAAACUCCCAUGGACCUUUCGGUGGUCAGACGGAAACUGCAGUUGAAGCAGAGCCCCUCUUACAAGAAGCCUGAUGACUUUGUUGCCGACAUUAGAUUGAUGUUUAAAAACUGUGCCAAAUUUCACAAGGAGGACAAUGAGAUGGCGAGUGUUGGCGUGAACUUGGAGAACUUCUUUGAGGAGCAGCUGAAGCUCCUGUAUCCCGAGCAGACGUUUCCUGAGGUGAGGGAAGAUGGCGCCUGCUCCGCCUCCGCCUCCUCGGCCCCUGUGGAGGAGCACACGCCUUCAGGGGUGGACGCCGGAGCUCCUGAACAUGGAGCACCGCUGGAGGAGGAAAACGAAGCUUCUGUAGAAGAACCUGGAGCACCUGUAGAGGAGCCUGGGGCGCCUGUAGAGGAACCCAAAGCGCCUGUUGAGGAACCUGGAGCGCCUGUAGAAGAGGAACCCGGAGCGCCUAUAGAAGAGGAACCCGGAGCGCCUGUAGAAGAGGAACCCGGAGCAACUGUUGAGGAACCCGGAGCACCUGUUGAAGAAGAACAUGGUGCUCCUGUUGAAGAAGAACAUGGUGCUCCUCUUGAGGAACCUGGAGCACCUCUAGAAGGUGCUCCUGUAGAAGAAGAACACUGUGCUCCUGUAGAAUCUGAGAAUAUUUCAAGUCCCCCUCCACAAACUGCAUCAUCACCAACCACCUCCAGUGAGCAGGAGAAGGAGAAGGAGGAGGGGGCGGCAGCAUCUGUGGCUCCCCCUGAAGCGAGUAAGGAGGAAGAACCUCAAAAGACUGAUGGUGCUCAGGCAGACGCGAAGUCUAAGGAAGACGGGGGUUCAAAGGGACAAAGAAUGAAGACUCGCCUAAGGAAGACCGGUGGUACAGAGGGACGAGAGUAAUUUUGUAAAUAAUCCUCCUUUUUAUGUACAACUGUUGGAAGAUCCUUUUCGAAGCAAGGGGACCUCCUGCAAGUAGAGAUAGUUUGCGAUUUCAUAUCCUGCAAUAAUGGUAAAUAUUUAAAAACGCGCGGCAGAGUGUGUUGUUAAAGAAAUCCCAAACUCUUUGUUUUUUAUUUGUAGCAUGUUUUGUUUGCAUUGAGCCUAUAUCUUUACUGUAGUAAAGAACACAUAGACAGGGUAAAUUGAGAUUUACAAACAGUAUUGUCAAAAUAAGCGUGUGCUUUCCCUAAUCAAACUCGAUGAAUUGCAAAUGUUUACUUGUACAAUUUUGUUUGUUUGUUAAAACUUUACAAGCUACAUUCAUGUAUAAUUAUUAUUUAUCCCUGAAUUUUGUUUAUUUUUGUUUAUUAUUGGUGCGUUUUGUUUAUUGUAAAAAGAAUAUUAAUUUCAUAAAGCUAUUUAAAGCUGAAGCUUCAUGUCAACAAGAGUAAUGACUAUACUCACAGUUAAGAGGGUAUAUCGGCUGUCAGUUAAUUAAGGAAUUAAGAUUUUUGUGUACAGUGGGAGAAUAUGUUUUCCUCCACUGUUUUAGAUGCUUUCCAUUUAAAUUGUUAUUAUUGUUCCUUGAGGACUUAAACGGACUCCAAUUUGUUAAGUUUGCUUUUACGUUCCUUCCCCAUGUGUAUAAACUCUGUGCAUGCACUAAGGUGAAUUUAUUUUUUUUGUGUAAAGACCGUGUAAUGAUGUAAAAUAUUGUAGACCCUUUGGUCUGCUUAUUUAAUUGGCCUGAGAUGCUAAUGAACUUUCAGUUAUUCUUUAAUCUGAUCUCUUUCAUAUCUGAUCAAGGUUUGGAUUAAAAGUAGAUGGCAAUCUACAACCAACACCUCAAUCAUUUUAAGAAUGCAGUUCUGCUUAUUUUCAGAUGUCACUACUUUUGAAGUAGUUGAUGUGGCAGUUAAGUCUGUAUGCGCACAUGCAUACCACAUGGGGCACUGAUGCUCUGGAAAGGACACUGGUUUGUCAUUGGUUUAUGGAAAAGAAUGGAACACUCAUUGAAACUGGUGGAGACGAAUGAGGAAGGAACUAUGUGUCUAUUUCCCCAAACUUUGCUGUGUAUAAUGUAACUGUAAUCUACAUAUGAAAAUAAAACGUUUUGAUAUCCCAUGCUAAACAGGAUACGGUUUGUUUUUGGGUUUAUUGGUA